AUGUCGGCUGAGGCGCAAAACGACGAGGCCGCAAGCGUCGCGAUCGGCGCCAACGGCUUGGGGAGCACUGUGGAGGAGAGCGAUCCGGCCCGCGGCGCGAGUCCAAAACGACAGCGGAUCGCCGCCUCGCACUCCCAUCUGAUAGCCACUCUGGCCCGUCGAUGCUUUGGCAUCCCAUGUGGAGCAUACUUCGACGACUAUGAUAUAUGCGGUCCUGACUGGGCAGCGGCGUCGGCCAAAGUGGUGCUGCGCCAGCUACAUCUCUGGCUUGGCGUACCGCUCGCGGAGGGCCUAAAGGAUGUUCCUCCCCGCGAGAUUAACCCGUUCCUGGGCGUUGUCACGGACCUUUCUCAGUUCCGGCAAGGCAUAGUGUUCAUGCAAUCUAAGCCCGAGAGGAUUGCAAAGCUGAUUGACUCCAUAGAGCGGUACCUCGAGCACGGCAUACCGUCAGCCGAGGCGAGGCACUUCUUCGGCAAGCUGGAGUUCGUCCGCUCAUCAGCAACCGCCGGGCGCAUUGGCAGAGCCGCUAUAGGGAUCCUCCGCCGUGCCACCGGGGCGGGAGGACAAAGCGGAGCCCUCGACGAGAGCGUCACUGCGGCCGUCGUUAGGGAGGCACUGAUCUUCCUCUAUUUCCUGCUGCCGCGCAUCCCCCGGCGCAGGUUUCACUUUUGCGGCGACCGCCACUCGCGCCCGCCGAUAGCUCUCUACACGGACGCGAUGUACGAGGCCAAGGCGGCACAGCCGGCCCGGAUCGGUGUCGCGCUAUAUGACCCGCUUGAUACGGAGUCUCGCUGGCGCGACUUGUCUAUCGAAGUCCCGGCCCGUAUCAUCGCCGGAUGGGCUAAGCGCGAGCAGUACAUCACGCAGUUGGAGACGCUGGCGCCGCUCGUCGCGAUCCUGUCCCGACCAGGCCAGUUCCGCGGCAGGGACGUGAUCUGCUUUGUGGAUAACACCGGCGCACUGUUCGGUCUCGGUAAGGGCGAUUGCAAGGACGCGGACUGCGCGCGCCUCAUCCACAUUUUCCACACCCUGUGCCUGGCGCUCGACAUCAGCGUCUGGUUCGAAUACGUCGCGUCGGGGGCGAACCUCGCUGAUCUCCCGUCCCGGGGGGAUCGGGAGCUACUCAUUGAGAUGGGCAGCACGCCCUUCUCACACGUCGAAUGGCCGGACCUCGCGGCCGACCUGUCCCGCUCCUUCCAGUCGAUCUGGGAGCGCUUCGCCCCCCGACCUAGCACGGGCGACAAGCGGCGGCGCGCGGCGAUCGACCGCGCAAUCGGCGACCUGCGGGACCCGGUGCCGAAGGCGCCCUGCUGCAGCAACUCGCGCAGGCGCGCACGCAUUCGCGAGGGACUGCGCGACGAUAUCGGGAGCCGCUAG